CGAACCGGAAAGUGUCCGCCCACUGCAAAGUUUCAGUCGGACUUGUUUUUAAUGCCACCGCUCAUAGGUGUCAAAAGUCAGUCGCUCCUAUCUCUGAACACGACGUUAGGGACUGAGAACAACCAUGCCGUUCUUGGCGAACUUCAGAAGAAGAAAUACAGAAUGGGUCCGCACGACCAUGCGCACCCCGGGGAUCCUGAUCUUCGGGAUGGUGAUGGCUCCCUGCGGAUGGAUCCUGAGUCUCGUCACUACCGUGGCCCCAAAUUGGAGGACUCUUCAUGGGGUCACCGGCGUUCCGGUUGAUCGGGUCUACGAGCAAGGGAUCUUUGACGUCUGCAUCGCCGCCACAUCCACUGAAAGACAGAAUUGUGCAGUAACGGACACCGCUUACAACUCGAACAACAUCAUUGAGAUCUCUCAGGGUUUGAUGUUGGCCUCCCUGAUUGUGAAUCUGGUGGGGAUUGCUUUUGCCAUCCCGGGGGUGCGCUGCUGGAAAGACCAACCUCGGUGGGGCCUCUGCACAGUGGGCGGCAUUCUUAUCUUCUGCGCAGGCGUCCUGACCCUCAUCCCUGUCUCCUGGUACACGCACAUCUUCAAAGACAUCUCUACAGACAUCGAGCGGACUGAAACCCGCGUCGGCUACUGUCUUGUACUGGGCUUCAUCGGUGGAAUAUUUGAAGUCUUGGGCGGCAUCGUCAUGUCCAUCGGUUGCUGCCGCUGCUGUGGCGGGAGGAACCGCGGCGAGAGGCCGAUUGAAGAUGUCCUCGGCCCCAGGAGCCAACCGAAAAGGGAGCCGAGACGCGUGGACGUGCCGAGCCUGAGUCGACCCAGGAGCAGCGCCGCCAGCAGCUAUCCGGCCUCCAACAGGGAAUCCGUCGAUGAUGACAUGGAUGUGUCCUUCCCCAGGGCCAAGAGCCCCGGGGCCCGCUCAGGAGCCAACAACCCCUCCUUCACCGGCAGACCCUAUGAUGCUGAUCUAUGAGACUCAUCUGAGUUAGGCAACUGACUGAGUCAGAGACUUGUUAUAAAACAGGGAAAAUGAAAAGAUGGGGAACAUAAAAUGAAGAGUAUUGCAGGUUUUAAAUAGGCAAAUCUAAAAGUUACAUUUGUUGUAAUUGGAGAACAAAAAUGAGUAUGUCUGGCGAUCAACCUGUUGUUAAUGAAGAAAGCAUUUUUGUAUAUGUUGCUGUCUAUGAACUUCUCAGCUUUUGUACUUCUAUUUUAUGUAAAUACUGUGUUCUUAAGCACUUUAUAAAAGGCAGUCUCUGUUGACAGAAGCAUCCCAAAGUGAUUAACGUGUUGCCAUUUGUUCUGAAUGUCUUUAUUAAAUGUGCACUCUGCUUCCUUA